AAGGAUUAUAAGUGGAUGUGUUCUUAUGCAGGCCUUUUCAGUCCUAUGUGUAAUUCCCUCGACACCAUGCUCAAAGAUCACAUCUUGGAGCCAUCUAUCGACGUCAAGAUGGAGAAAGUGAGCUUGGUAGAAGUUAAUAAUGAUGGAGUUAGUGAGGAGAUUUGUCCAACUACUGAUCCAAUCAAGGUUGCAACUGAUUGUGAUUUGAAGGAAGAAAGCAGUGAGGGGGAGGGAGGGGAGGGGGAUUCUUCGAGUGAUGGCUCUUCUUCUUCUUCUUCUUCGAGUAGUGAUGAUGAAUCUUCGAGUAGUGAUGAGGAAGGUGAUGUGGGCAAGGGGGUAACAGCAGUUGAAGUUGAAGAGGGCGAGAUAAAGGUUGAUGAAGUGAUAUUAGGCAGCGAUGGGGAAGAGGAUGUUCCAAGAGGACCCAUCAAAUCAAAACAUGAAAUUGAGGAUCUCCCUCCAGUUCCUCCACUUGAAGUAUCUCUGGAACCACACCAUCAGACUCUGCCAGUUGGAUUUGUGUCGUCUGUAACAUCAGUCAUUGUGGAGGGAUCGGAGAAGCACAGCCCUCUCAAUGAGGGAUCCAUUCUUUGGAUUACUGAAACCAGGUUGCCGCUAGGAAGAAUUGAUGAAAUAUUUGGACCUGUGAAAAACCCCUUCUAUAUUGUCAGGUACAACUCUGAUGAUGAAGUUCCUCAAGGAAUCAGCACAGGUGUUGCCAUCUCUUUUGUUGUGGAUUUUGCCAAUCAUAUUCUAAGAAAAUACCUCUAUGAGAAAGGGUAUGAUGCAUCAGGUAUUGAUGACGAUGAGGCCGCUGACGAAGUGGAAUUCUCUGAUGAUGAAAAGGAAGCUGAGUACAAUAGAUCUCUCCGUCAAAGUAAGCGGGAUGCAAACUAUGGGAAACAGGAGACUGGGUUUUGCAAGAAAGCUAAUUAUAAGGGUUCCAGGUUUCAGAGGGGCCAGCAUCUCCAACCUCCUCAAUCACUGCCAGUGGCAAGAAUGAACCAGCAACUGGCUGGCCAAGAAGGACAGGUUCAUGUAUCCCUUAAUAGUGAGGGAUACAACAAUUGCAAUUAUGAUCAUAGGGCUGCAGGUAACAUUCUUCAUACACCUCAGCAGUUGAAUACACAAGGAUUUCUACUUCAGCCCCAAUCUAUAGGGUUUCCUGCUCAAGCCCAGCCACCCAUCGGCGUGCAAGGAGGAUUUCCUCAGCCCCAUUCUGAACAGUUUCCUGCUAAAGCCCAGCCAUCCAUGGGCAUACAAGGAGGAUUUCCUCAGCCGCAGCUUGUAGCAAUACAAGGAGGACUUCCAAUGAACUUGUUACCAUCUCAGCAGUUUGGAGAUCAAACUUAUAAUCUCCAAAACCAGAAUCAAGUUUUUAACAAUUUCGCUAAUGGAAUAAUGUCAUAUCAGCACUUGCAGCAGCAGCAGCAGCUUGUUUCUAGAGCUGGAGCGCUCCCUGGUAACUUUCAGUGGUUUGGUGGAUUGUCAUCUUCGUUGGCUCUUGCUGGGAUCACGGGACAAGCUGGAUUUAGUCAUGUGCCAUUUGGUUAUGGUAAUCUGAACCCUUCUCAGGAGCAGAGCCAUGGGCUGCCUCCACUUGCUUUUAACCAACAAGCUGAUAUCAGGUGUGUUUCACUGCAGUUUAACCAGGGGAGGUCCUCCGCCUCCUCUAGGGGAAGGGGAAGGCGAGCUUAUCCAAGAGGUGGCCGGCAGUCCUUUGCGCACCAAGGUGGCAAUCAACAUAAUGGGUAGAUAAAUAUGCCCAAAACAAAUCAUUUCUGUUUCCAAGUUUAUGCCAUCUGUGGGCUUUGGUGUUUAAAGUAAUCGAUCAUAUUUACGUGGUGUUUAAAUUGACUAUUAGAUGUAUUAUCCAGUGACUUAUACCGUGUUGUUACUUUCCAUCUGUCUUGUAAUAGCAGUGAAAUUUUGGAACACUGCAGCGCACCGCCUGUCAAGUGAUGAUCUCUUUACAAGUAUAUUAUUUGAAAAAAGUAAUCGAUCAUAUUUUGGAACACUGCAGUGCACCGCAUGUCGAGAGAUGUUCAAAGUAAUCGAUCAUAUUUAUGUGGUGUUUAAAUUGA